AUGGCUCCCUCAAGGGCAAAAUCCUUGUCUCUCAUGAUCGCCCUUGUACUGGGUAUCGUCCUCUGCAUCUUCGCAUCACCAACAAUCGCCUCAGCUCCAGACUCACAAUCAUCUCCAGAGGCAGAUGUCGAACUUAUCUGCCACACAGAUAACCCUAAAGACUGUUACCCAAAGGUGUUUCAACCAACAGAUGAGUUCCAGGUCGUCCAUGACGAUCAGGAACUUCCCCACGGACUCCAUGUUCGUCUGAACAUGUCCAACGGCAAGAAGGAGGCCAAGAUCAAUGUUCCCGAUGAAGGAAACUCUGCACUCGAAGGCCUCCCGGUUGACCAAGCUGUUGUUGUCGUGGAUCAGCAACAGGAGGAUCCCCAAAUCCCCAAGGGCGCACCGGCAUAUGAACCUAUUGGUAAAAUCAAGGAGCCUGAGGGUGAAGAUUUCGUCGGUAAGCCCUUCUUCACCGCCAUGAAGAUGUUGAAGGCUGGCGAAACCGGCGAAGGCAAGGAACUUGACGAUGCGCUUGAGGGAAUGGAAGAACUGUCACAUGAUAUUUACUACGGUCUCAAGGUCACUGAAGACGCGGCGGUGUUGAAGGCUCUCUUCUGCAUGAUGGCGGAUUCGGAUGUUGCUUACCCUGCGGAUAUCACUCCUCGGGAUCAUCAAGCAGCUGCCAUUCUCGGGGCCGCCCUGCAGAACAAUGCCGCGGCAUUGAAAGAGGUUACCAGGCAGUGGCCUGGUCUCAUGGAGGCUCAGUGCCCGAGUACCAGCAAAUCUCUAAAGGAGUCUCUCUAUACACCUCUCGUGCCCGCUCAUGUUCCAUCGUCGCUCAACACCAAGACGUUGGCCUCUACAGCGAAAGCCAAGGUUGGAGCCAUCAACGGCCUUAUCAAGAGCGACAUAAUCCGAGAGGAAUUCCUCAAGAACGACGGCAUGAAGCUGUUGCUUGAGGUGCUCGUGCCUGAAGGCAAAGAAUGGGAUACUACACAGCGCAAGGUUGGCCAGUUGGUUCUAGAUACUUUCUUGGAUGAAGAUAUGGGCGCAAAGCUUGGUCAGUGGCCUCGCACAGAGCGAGACAGCGACGCAAAAUGUCGAGUAUAUGAGGCAAGUACCGGAGAGGGUUGCUGGGAUUACCAUGUUGCGAGGAUCCUGAAGGAGAACAAGAGAGAUAGCGGACAUUGGAGCCGGGAUCUACAUGAUCGGCUUGCGGCAUUGAGGAAGAGCGGAAAGGUACCUCCUCGUGUUGAAUUCCACUGCUUCAAGCCGGCUGACGUACGCGCCUGUUCCGGUUGCCACGCUGUGUCCUACUGCGAUGCCGCCUGUCAAUCUGCAAAUUGGACAGCAGUCCACUCCAAGGAGUGUAAAUUACUGCGUAAAGUCACCGAACAAGGACACCCGGGCAUACCGACGCCUGUACGCGCAGUGAUCCAGGCGCUGGUGAAGCCUGGUAUUGGCGCCGCGCUGGAGAACCUUGAAGGAAAUGUCGAAUCUUGGAGGAAGAGUGACAAAUGGGCCGAUAUGGAGAUGAUGGCCAUGGGUGCUACUGCGUUUACUGGGCAGGGCACGGGUCAAGAGGAAUUGCAGAAGACGCUGGCUCUGCUCUGCAAGAUUCAAACAAAUGCCUUUCAUAGGUACGAUGCCGAUCUUGGCCAAGUUGGCAUCUUUCUCGAACCAAAGCUCGCUAUGGCCAACCAUUCCUGCAUCCCCAACGCCAUGGUGCAGUUUGUUGGCAGGAAGGCCAUACUGAGAGCUGAAAAGCUGAUCAAAGUCGAUGAGGAGAUUGAAAUCUCUUACACAGACUACACAUUCCCUCGAUCUAAAAGAAAGCAAGCACUUGCACCGUACUUUUUCGAUUGUCAAUGCCUCAGAUGCGAGAAAGAUCUCAACGUCUACCAAGUUUGCGCUGGCUCUCCAAUCAUCGACAUGAACCGUCAUAGUCUUGUCGCUGAUGUUGGCAAGCUUGGCCAACACCCUGCUGCAACAGAUUCGAACAAAGCUUCAACGGCAACAAAUUGUAGCGAGGAACUAUCUGAUCUGAUAGAUGAGAAAGAUCCUACCUUGUCACCUGAGGAUCGUCGAAGAGUCCUGCGAGCUCGUUACCAGCGAUGCAAAGGAUUGACUACCGAGAAGCUCUGGGCAGUAUCACCACUCCCUCAGCUGCUGACUGAGGUAUCAAUCCUAUACAUCGAAGAGAGCAACUUCAUUUAUGCCUUGACUACGGCAUGCUUCGUUGCGACUUCCAGCGACCCUUAUCGACACGUCUUGCCAUAUCAUCCCAUUCGCAUCAAGGGCCUUUUACUCGUCGCCAAAUUACUCGCCAAUACUGCAGCAGACAUAGCCUCGCUCGGUAACUCACAAGCAGUGGCGUCAAAAGGGGAUAUCAACCAGAGGGCCCUUCAGACACUGCAGGAUAUUGACCAAGUUUCCUUGUGCCAGAUGCUUCUCAUCAUGAUCCUAGGGUCUGUUCCCAAGGACUAUGUUCAAGAGUGGGAAGUUUCGGCCACUGCUCAGCAGAUGCUGGAUGAGAUCAAUGAAUUACCAGGAAGAGACCAGGAACUAUCUCUUAUUAACGCCUGGAAAGAGAACCCCGAGGGUGAGCAAGCUCGAGCCUUCUUUGAGUAUGCUGUGGUGAAGCAAGUAGAUUCUCUGGCGAAUUUGGGACUUGAGAUCCUUGAGAUGGAUUUUGGCUACUGA